AUGGUGAUGAUGAAAGUACCAGCUCAACAUUCAAAAAAAGAUGGAAAAGAAGUUAAAGUACAGUCAUUUCCUGAUGCUUCAAAGACUUUUGGCAUGGAAGGAACUGUAAAAAAAGAUUUGGGGUUUUUGAGGGCUGUUACAGAAAUCCCUGCUCAGUUUAGAAAUAUUUUCAAGGAAUUCCCAUAUUUUAACUACAUACAGUCCAAGGCUUUGGAUGAUAUUCUUUACACAGAUAGGAAUUUUGUGAUUUGUGCUCCGACUGGUUCUGGAAAAACUGUAAUGUUCGAACUAGCUAUUACAAGGUUACUAAUGGAAGUGCCGAUGCCUUGGUUAAAUAUUAAAAUUGUCUAUAUGGCUCCAAUAAAAGCUCUGUGCAGUCAGCGUUUUGAUGAUUGGAAAGAUAAAUUUGGACCUAUAGGGCUCAGCUGUAAAGAACUGACAGGAGAUACAGUGAUGGAUGAUUUAUUUGAAAUACAGCAUGCUCAUAUUAUUACGACCACACCAGAAAAAUGGGAUAGCAUGACUAGAAAAUGGAGAGACAACUCUUUAGUCCAACUGGUACGACUGUUCCUCAUUGACGAGGUACAUGUUGUGAAAGAUGAAAGCCGUGGUGCAACACUUGAGGUUGUAGUCAGUCGGAUGAAGACUAUACAGUCUUCUCUUUCACGUAUCUCAGAGAAUCCUGACAUGCUUACUCCCAUGAGAUUUGUGGCUGUUUCUGCAACAAUCCCAAAUGCUGAGGAUAUUGCAGAAUGGCUUUCAGAUGGUAUGAGACCUGCUGUAUGUCUGAAAAUAGAUGAAAGUCAUCGACCUGUGAAGCUUCGCAAAAUAGUUCUUGGAUUUCCCUGCAGUAGCAACCAAACAGAAUUCAAAUUUGACUUAACACUUAACUACAAAAUAGCUAGUGUUAUACAAACAUACUCUGAACAAAAACCAACCCUUGUGUUUUGUGCCACAAGAAAAGGAGUACAGCAGGCUGCUUCAGUUCUUGCAAAAGAUGCUAAAUUUAUUAUGACUGUGGAACAGAAACAAAGAUUACAAAAGUGUGCAAAUUCAACAAAAGAUACCAAAGUGAGAGAUCUUUUAAUGUGUGGUGUGGCUUAUCAUCAUGCUGGUAUGGAACUAUCUGAUAGAAAAAUAAUUGAAGGAGCUUUUACCAGGGGAGACUUACCAGUACUUUUUACUACUAGUACCUUAGCUAUGGGAGUAAAUUUACCCGCACACCUGGUAGUUAUAAAAUCUACAAUGCACUAUGUUGGAGGAAUGUUUCAAGAAUACAGUGAAACAGAUAUUCUGCAAAUGAUUGGGAGAGCAGGGAGGCCUCAAUUUGACACUACAGCUACAGCAGUUAUCUUGACGAGGUUAAGUACAAGAGAGAAAUAUGUACAGCUGUUAAAUGGUGCAGAUACAAUAGAAAGCAGUUUGCACAAACAUCUUGUUGAGCAUUUAAAUGCAGAAAUAGUGUUGCACACUAUCACGGAUGUGAAAAUAGCUUUGGAAUGGAUACGAUCAACUUUCCUAUACAUCAGAGUUUUGAAAAAUCCAGUUCAUUAUGGUUUUUCGCCUGGACUAGACACAGUUGGAAUUGAAGCAAAAUUACAAGAAUUGUGUUUGAAGAAUUUGAACGAUUUGUCAUCUCUUGAUUUGAUCAAGAUGGAUGAAGAAUUUAAUUUCAAACCUACAGAGACUGGAAAACUAAUGGCUUGGUACUAUAUUGCAUUUGAUACAGUGAAACAGUUUUCCACAAUUAAUGGAACAGAAACUUUAUCUGAACUGAUCACAAUGAUAUCCGGCUGCGUUGAAUUUUCAGAUGUCAAGUUAAGAAUAAAUGAGAAGAAAAUAUUGAACACUUUGAAUAAAGACAAGAACAGGAUAACUAUCAGGUUUCCAAUGGAAGGGAAGAUAAAAACAAGAGAAAUGAAAAUAAACUGUCUUAUUCAGGCUCAAUUAGAAUGCAUUCCUAUUCAAGACUUCACUUUGACACAAGAUAUAGGCAAAAUUUUCAGGCAUGGCGUAAGAGUUACUAAAUGGUUAUCUGACUUUCUGGCAUCACGUAAAAACAAUUUCCCUGCAUUACUAAACUCUUUGAUUUUAGCUAAGUGUUUCAGGUGCAAACUGUGGGAAAACUCUCUGCAUGUAUCCAAACAGCUAGAAAAAAUUGGUGUAACACUAUCAAAUGCAAUGGUAAAUGCAGGUCUGACAUCAUUUAAAAAAAUUGAAGAUGCAAAUGCAAGGGAGCUUGAAUUGAUUUUAAACAGACAUCCUCCUUUUGGAAACCAAAUAAAAGAAUCUGUGCUACACCUGCCAAAAUAUGAACUUGACAUUGAACAGCUUACAAAAUAUAGCGAUACAGUGGCUGAAAUCUUAGUGACCAUCACAUUAACAAACUUUGAACAGCUUCAGAUUAAGAGAACUGCACCAGACUUUCACUAUGUAACCUUGAUCAUAGGAGAUGCUGAUAAUCAAGUGGUUUUUAAACAGAAAAUUAUGGAUUCUGUCUUGCUGAAAAAUGGAAAUUGGACCAAAAAAAUUGAAGUGAAAAGAGCUCUUAAAUCUGAGGAACUUAGCAUAAAUUUAAUUAGCUCUGAAUAUGUUGGAGUGGAUAUUCAGCAAAACUAUUCAGCCUUUUACUUAGGACCAAAAAGGUUUGGAAAUGAAGUGGUUUUACAAAGAAAAUUAGAAGCUGAGUCUUCACCUAUGUAUCAUGCCUCUUCAAUAAGAUCAGCAGCAGCGAGAAAGGAUACAGGAGGUGCCUGUAACCGAGAGAUCACCUACAUGAAACUUGGGAACAGAGAAUGCAGCCAUCACUGUAAAAAUAAAGAUGUAUGUGGACAUGACUGCUGUAAAGUUGGAGUUUCACAGAAAUCUGAGUUAAAGAGAGAUUCAAAGUUUUCUUCAUACCUAGCUGAUUUAAGGAACAGAAACUCAAUUUCAUCAGUUCCCCCAGUAAAACAAUUAAAGAUGCAGAUACAGUUAAAUAAAUCUCAAAAUGUGGAUCUGAAACAAUUUGUUUUUACACCGAAAUCUUUGUUGCCAGCAUUGCCAAGGUCUGACUAUGUACAGUCUUCUGCCUCAGCUUCACGAGAACACUGGAAUAAUGUUAAUAUCCUUGGUAGACCUCAGAACCAACUGCAAUCAGAGAGUUAUGAAAAGAGUAAUUUCUCUUGGGAACAUUCUGUGAAUGUAAGUGAGGAGAGCCAUCAGACGAUGAUGUCAAAGAAAAAUCGUAAAGAAUCUUUAAUGCAUAAUUUUACUAAUGCAGAUAAAAGCAGCUCUUGGUUUUCAGAGGCUUUGAAUGUGAACUUUGAAUUGGGAGAUGAAGUUUGGGAUGAUUUUGAUGAUGACAAAUUAAUACGUGCUAGCAGCUUUUUCACUGGUGUGGAGAGUAGAGAAGAUUUAGAGGGUCGCCUCCAACCUGGGCUCCACAAAGAGGAGCUAGAGGAGCCAGCAGACACCCUGUUCGACGUCCUUUGCUCUACGGCAUCUGCUAGGGUGGCUUUGCCCCUAUAUGAAGAGUUAUCAAAAAUUACUAAUGUCCUAUGGCAAACCCCCUCCUUCCUGCCCCCCAUUUCAAAAUGGGAUGAACGCAAAUACUUUGUGCCAGCUAAAGGUCACGAGUACCUGUACACUCACCUGGUCCCAAACUCACUCGUAGUUGAGGCUGUUAAUCAGAGGGAGAGGCAGGGUCAAACCAGGGCUACGCCCAAGAAUAAAGACUUGAAGAGACUGGAUCUGUUUGGGCGAAAAAUUUAUUCGUCUUCCAGCCUUCAAUUGAGAGUGGCCAAUCACCAAGCCCUCCUUGAUCGCUACAAUUAUAACAUGUGGCAGGCCAUGACCAAGUUUGAGGUUUCACUUCCCGAAUGGUCCAGGAAGGAAUUCCGGGCGAUCCUCGAGGAGGGCACAGCUGCAGCCAGAGCGGCCCUCCAGGCAGUUUCAGAUGCAUCAGACUCGGUGGCUCGCACCAUGGCCUCAGCCAUCUCCAAGCGGCAGGCAUCCUGGCUGCUCCUCUCUGGCUUGUUGACUGAAGCUCAGCAAUCGAUGCAGGACCUCCCCUUUGACGACCAGGCCCUGUUUGCAGAGCAGACAGACAGUAAGCUGCAUGGACUAAAGGACUCCUGCACUACCCUGAAAACUCUAGGGCUGUACGUCCCCAGUCCAGCCUCCAAGGGCAGUCUGCGGCCCAUCCUGGACCUGCGAGACCUCAACAAAUACCUAAAGCAAUUGAAGUUCUGCAUGGUCUCACUGGCCUCCAUCAUCCCCUCCCUGGAUCUUGGAGACUGGUAUGCCGCCCUCAACUUGAAGGACACAUAUUUCCACAUAGCGAUCUUUCAAGGUCACAGACGCUUCCUACGAUUUACGGUGGGACCCAAUCACUAUCAGUUUGUGGUCCUCCCAUUCGGCCUACCGACAGCACCGAGGGUGUUUACCAAAUGCAUGUCGGUGGUAGCCGCUUACCUCAGGCGUCGGGGUAUCCAGAUCUACCCAUACCUCGAUAACUGGCUCAUCAAAGGCCACUCCAGUUCCCAAGUCCAAAGGGAUGUUGAGGUGCUGCGGGCCACCUGCUGA